AUGCCCAAAAACCAAAACAUGAACAAAAACACGCUGAGUGACUCCACUGGGGGCCAUGAAGCAGCCAAGGCGAGGUCUCCUACCAGGGGCAAGGUGUUCCCAGAGGUUGCGCGUUACAAGGAAUUGCAACGAUGCAUGGACCAGGGAACUGACGAUUUGAUCGAGACCACGCAUAGAUGUGCGGAACUCCGUCGUGACGUCGCCGAGCGACGCGAAAAGGUCCUCGACAAGAGAAUGCACGGUCUUGGCGGCGCCUUUGCCAAGAGCCGGCUUCCCAACCACUACAAGUAUUAA